AUGAAUAUAAACAUUUUAAAUAAAAAAAAAAAAAAAAAAAAUAUUUUUUCUGACGACGAAGAAAGCGACAAAAAGGAUGAGAAGGAACAUGAAAACGGAAUAAAAGUACCAGAAGAAUCGGAAAAUUUAGUGUCUACAAACACAACGGAGCAGAUUCACUGUGGGGGAAAUAUUGAUGCUGAAGCUGGUAAAGCAACUAGUACUAAUGAGGAGGGAGCAAAGGUUGCAGUGACGGAAAAAGAAAUGUCAGAAAAUGCAGAGAAUAAAACUGAUAUCAGAGAAAGUAAUGACGAAAUAAAUGGAGAACCUACUAAAUUAAGGGGUGAUAAUGAACAAGAACAAGAUACUAGUAAUAUCCAAAAAGAAAAUGUUUUAAAAAAAAAAAAAAAAAAGUUGCGAAGAUUGGAAAAAUCCAUUGAGGACGAAACUGAAACGGAGGAAAGUGUACAGCAUAAUUUGGAGCAAAUUUCACAGCAAGAGAUACACAAUGAAAAGCAAGUUCGUAAACUUAGCAAAAAAGAUUUUAUUAUAAAAAAUUAUGCACAUGAAAAAAAACAGAAGGAGGAAAAACAUAAAGGAAAAAGUGACCCAUACAAUGAUGGUCAUGAAAUUCCUGUGGAGAGAAGAGAACCAGUUCAUGAUACAGCAUCCGAUCGAGACACUGUUGAACAGAGUGUAGAAAGAAAAAGAAAGGAGAAGAAAAAGAUCAAUGAUGAUGAGAGUUCCCAUGACAGGGAUGACAUUUAUCAUAAUCCUGAUAAUAGUGAAGAUGAUGAAAAGAAUUACGAGGAGGUGUACCAUGGAGAUGGUCCUUUGGGAACCGAAGAGGAAGAGGAGGAUAAAUUUUCCCAAGACUUGAGCGACGAAGAGGAAAAGAGGAAUAAGCACAUAAAAAAAAAAAAAAAAAAGACAAAAGAAGAUAUCCCAAAACUGAACGAAUCAGAGCGUAACAAAUUUAAGUUAGAUAAAGACGAAGAUAAUAUGACUUAUUUGAAAGAAAGAAAAAAAAAAAAAAUGAAAAAUUCUAAACUGAUGCUGGAUGUAAAUCCAAAUGAAGAGAAAUUGAAGCUAAAACUAAUUUGUAUAUCUUUUCAUAAGAAGGAAUACAAUAUUGAGGAAUUUAUUUUCGAAAGUUUAAAAGUAAUCAUCCCUCAAAACAAAACUGAACUAUUUUUAAAUCAACAAAAUAUAAUCAUCGAUUCUACAAGUAGGGAUGAUUUAAAAAAUUUGGAAAUUUUUUGGUUCGACAGAUUGACGAAAAACAGACGUAGAAGCAUAAUGAAUUGUUUCACCACGCUCAGCAAGAUGAGUCCAAAGGAAAUGGAGGACAACUUGAAUACCUCGCCUCCAAAUGUGGCUAGCGCUAACGAACCUUUAAUUAACGAUUCCAAGAACAUACCUAACAGUUCUCAAAAUGUAGCUGACAGUUCUAAAAAUAUACCUGACAGUUCUAAAAAUGUACCUGACAGUUCUAAAAAUGUACCUGACAGUUCUAAAAAUGUACCUGACAUUUCUCAAAAUGUACCUGACAGUUCUAAAAAUGUACCUGACAAUUCUCAAAAUGCAACUGACAGUCCGAAGAACGUAGCUCAUAAUUCCGCAAGUAUACCAAUCACUGCCUCCAAUAUAAUUGACGCUAACGAGAAUAUAUCUAAUGUUUCCCAUAAUCCAACUAUCGAUGGCUCAAAUGUAGCUAGCUACACUCCAGAUACUUCUAGGACAGCUGGAAAAAAUAUAAACGGUCUGGAGGACAUAUUCAACAAAAAGAAGGAUACAAUAAUAGUAGACUAUUUAGCGGCAUUAUGCACGGAACAAGUUAAACUGAUUAAGCUGUACAUCUCAUAUAUUAGGAAGAAUAUUUAUGAUAUGUCAUCCAUCACAGAGAAUAAUGAAAAAAUAAAAGAAAUGAACAUUUUGGAACCAAUAAAAAGGAGAGAAAUGUUUUUUUACCUAAAUUUGUGCAUCUCGAUGAAUUAUAUUCAAGAACAAUCGCCAAACGUAUAUACACCACCUAUCGACGUCACACCAGACAUUAGAGGAUUUAAUUUGCAUCCCAUGUUUUCACAUAUAAAUAAAAAAAUAAACGAACAAAGAAAAGGCAAUAUUAAAAAUCCAUGGGAGAAAUUAAAAUUAUUAAAAAAAUCAAAAAAAACAGAUUCAGAAAAUAAAAAUCACGAUAACAGUGUGCACAAAUGUGAGGUAGAUGCACACAUGGUCAAAAAAAAAAAUGAAGCAAAUGAGGAAGAAGAAGAAGAAAAAGAAGAAGAAAAAGAAGAAGAAAGAGAAGUAACAGCAACAACAGAAUCCGCUGCAGGAGGAGGAAGAGUCGCAGCAGCAGAAGCAGAAGAAGAGGAUUCUGAAAAAAGGAAAAAUGAUAAAUACACAGGUGAUAACGAUAUGUCACAGAAAAAAUCGUUAGAAGAUGAAGGGAAAAAAAAGAAAGCAUUAGAAGAAAUGAAAAAAAAAAAAAAAGAAAAAGAUGACAAAAAGGUUUAUAAUGUGUAUUCGCUACUCGAAUCCGCAGCUCAAUAUUUUGGAGAAGGUCCAAAAUAUUCAAAUCCCAAUAUGCAUGAAUUCUACAAGUCCAAUAUUAAUCAGUUGGUAUAUAUUAAACCACCAAAUAACAUAGAUGAAAAAAAUAUUUUAAUUAAUUAUUUUUUGCAAUUUCCAAGCAUUACAAAAAAAUUAGAGUACAAUAAAAGAAGAAUUUAUGCAGAAAAUUAUGGACUUGUUAAAAUAGUUAAAAAUAACGAAAAUCUCCCAAUUAAUUUUACUUUACACACACAACCUUGGCUAUUAGAAUCAUAUGAACACUUAUGGAAUGAGCAAAAUAAACUGAACAAUUUUGACAUUUUCAACAUGUCCAAUUUGUUAGAUGAUAAUGAUGACGAUGAUGACUUUGGGGGGGGAGGCUUCGAGUACAACCAGUUCUCCUUGACCAAACCUGAGAUUGUCAAACCUGAGAUUGUCAAACCUGAGAUUGCUAAACCUGAGAGUGCCAAACCUGAGAGUGCCAAACCUGAGAGUGCCAAAUCUGAGACUGUUCAACAGGACGGGGUGGGGUCUGUAUGGUCAAACUCCCACUCCCCUAGCAAACGAGACCAGAAGAAUGUUGCGUCAACUAGUGAAAUUAAAAAACGUGAUAGCAAAAGUAAAAGUGAAUUUUUAACAAAAAAAAUAAAAAAAAUUUUCCCCACUAAGGACUCCAAACAGCUAAAGUUGACAUCCUUUGUGAGUAAAGAAAAAAUUAGUAAAUAUAUGAAUGUAACCAAGAAAGAGGAAAGAGAAGAGCAAGACAAAGAUAAGCAAACCUUGGGGGAAUCAAACAAUGUUCCAAUUAUAAAUCAGCAGGAAGAACAAACAAAUGAUUCCACUGUAGUAGCCAAUGAAAAUGAAGAAACAGAAUAUAUAAAAAUAAAAAUAAAAAAAAAAAGAGUUUUAGACGAUGAAGCGAUCAAUGACAUAUAUGCAGAUCAAAAAACAAAGAUAAAAUCCAAUGAUAAUCAAAAAAAUGGAACAGAUAAUGAAAUAAAUUUUUCUAAUGAACAGAAGGAGCAAAAUAUCAACCGUGAAAAUUGCACUAGCACCACUAGUCUUAUUAAUGAAUUUGAAAAUGAUGAUAUGAAUGAAAAAGAGAAUAGGAUGUAUCACGAGGAAAGCAAAAUUAUAAAAAACAUACGAAAAAAAAAUGAGAAUUUGGAUGAAGAAGAAGAGAUGAAGAAGGAAAAUGACAAUAUAAACGAUCAUUACAAGAAAACAGAGAUAAGUGGAAAUCAAAAUGCAGAUGAAGAAAAAAAUGAAAAGGUAGUUGAAGACAAAAAAGGAAAUGCAGAUAAUGUAAAGAAUUCAGAAUAUAAGGACAUAAAAGAAUCUAUUGCCAAAGAAAGGAAAAGCCUUCGGCAUGAAAAAAUGCAACACAUGUUUGAGUUAGAAGCAGAGGAAAGCGAUGACGAAAAUAUAGAAGAUUUGGAAGAAAGGAGAAGAGCACAAAUGUUGAAACAAAAUAAUCAAACGGAGGAGUCCGAGGAUGACGAACAAUACAACAGCGAAGAACUUAACGAAUUCAUAAAUAAUGAAGAAUACAACAGCGAUAAUGAAAUUGUUAAGCUUAAACACAAACAAGAAAUGGAAAAAUUGGAAGAAGACAUAUUUAUAAAGAAAUUUACUUAUCAGGGAAAGGAAUUUAAUAAUGAAUUAACAAACAGAGAAAAACUGGAACUAGCAAAAGAAAAAGAAUUACUAAGAAGAAAAAAACUUUUAUUUAACAGUACCUUAGGACAUGUCAAGUUGAGUGAUUUCGAAUCAGAUAGUAGUACUAGCAGUAAUGCUAGCUUGAAAAAACGUAUCAAAAAUACCUUGUACGAACCUUUUACUGAACUUGAGAAUGUAAAAUUGUCAAAAAGAAAUAAUAAUAUUAUUGGUAGCUCCUACAAGGAAAAUAUCUUCAAGAGAGGAGAAGACAUUAGAAAUUUAGAGGACCAACAGAGGAGAAAAAUUUUAGAAAAAAUAGACAACGUUAUGUACACAAAAGAAAUAAAAACAAACGAAGGAAAAAGAAUAGUAAUUAAGAAAAAAAGAAAAAUUCGUUUUCAUCAAGAUUUAUCCGACGUUACAGUAACAGAGGAAGAACAAGUUGACACAUAUGAAAAAACGAAGAAGAAACCGAAAAAGGUAAAUACCAUCCUGGUUGAGCAAUCCAAACCAUCUUCUGUAAAUACACUCAAUAAAACAGUGAAUCAUCAUAAUAAGGCUUCCAUAAAAUGGAAUAAUAACAUAAAAGAUAUUAGUGAAUUGGACACACCCACGAAUAGUGAAGUGUUUAAGGGAUUUAGGAAAGUGGAAAAUGCACAGUGA